AUGCAGCACCGUCCCGGAGAUCCGGGUGCUAGGUAUGGGCAUCGGAUUUUUCCUGUACCUGCUGUUGGUUCUGUUCACAAUAUCCGUGCUUGUCACCCACCACGACAAGUUCCGAAUCGGGAAGCAACUUGGUUUGGCGCAUCUGAUCUUCCUCCUCCUCAUCAUUCUGCUACCAAAAAAGUCCACCGAAAAGGAGGAGUGCGGACCACGAACAGAUUCGCAGGGUCUGCUGACGUUGGUAAUGACGCUGAUGCAGGCUGUUUUCUCGUGCUUGGCGAUGCUGGGUGUGCAUUUACAACUGUGGGGUAA